GUACUAUUGGUGACCCAAAUGAUGAUACUCUACAAUCUCUGGUGUCCCAGUGUUUAGAGACGACACCUAGUGCCGGAUUUAGCUAUGGUCACUGUCCUUAUCUUGUGAGAUGCGUCUUGGACAACCUUCAUUCAGAAAUAUCUGCCGGCAUGCAAAGCGGGAGUAACAUCGCAUCGUUAGUACCAACGACCCUUGCCUUGAUAGGUAACAAAGAAACAAAAUUCGAAUAUAAAAUGAACACUGCUGACAAUUUUUCAGGCGUUAGACCUAUCGAGAUCGUCAAGCUCGCUCUUGCCUGCCCUUUACGGGGCCUGGUGUUGUGUGUCUUCGGCAUCGGCCUCCCACAAGGACUGUUUCGUCAGUUCUCUCCACACCGAUUAAUCCAGCCAGAUAAACAGACUUCAGAUCCAAGAGUACAGAGAUGGAUCGUCCCGGUUCCAACGAAUCACUCAGCCCAAGGGCUGUGGUGGUUAGGGCCGAUGAGGACGGUUGCUAUUGAUAUUGUCUUCCUGGCUCUGCUUGCUGUAAUGCUAUGGCAGAAUGUCACGUUAGGCUUGCAGAUUGUUAUUUCCUGGAGAUGCGAUUACUCCUUUUUACUGAUUUGCUGGCCGAUUGCUUGUGUUAUGUGGCUCAUGAUUGCGAUGAUGGGCCUUCUUAUACUAGCGAAGAAAAUCCGAAUACAGCAUAGCGAGGAUCCAGAGGGAUGGGAGCGUUCGUGGCCAGAACUGGUCCAAUAUCCGUACAAAUGGCCUCAGUCUGAAUAUAGUAGAGGAGUUAUUUGGGGAGAAAAUAGUGAAGCUAGAAAAAGUCGAGGUCUGAGAGAUCAGGCGUUCGAGGUUGAAAUUACCAUGCGUUUUGACUAUGCCUGGGAAUAUUACGAGGCUGGGAUUGAAAUAUUAGCGGUGGGGAUCUACCUAUACGCAACAUUCGUUCUCACAAGCUCGCUUUUUGUGAGCGGGCAAACUGCAAUCAUCUACAUGACGGUGAUGGUCUGCUGUUUGAGCACGAUUCGAGUCUUGUUAGCCAUAGCAUAGACUCAGCUGAAUAUAGAUCGUGAGCAGUAGUAGCAUCGAGUCAAAAGAUUAUCCAACGACUUGUUCAAGCUAUCAAGGCUAGAACAGGCCUAAUAUAUAGAAAGCAAAAAGGGUUUCAACA